CUGAACGACGUCUUUACCUGCACGCCAAGUAUGAUCGACACAAUGUCUGCACUGGGCAUAUACGACCUUGUACGAUACCUACAUGAACACGGUGCAUGUGCAUCGACCAAUGCAAUGGACCAUGCUGCAUCGCUCGACUUGAUCAAGUUCCUACACGACAAUCGUAACGAGGGCUGCACAGAGAGCGCGAUGGACAAUGCAGCGAGUAAUGGAAGGCUUGACAUUGUCGAGUUCCUGCACAACGAGCGAACAGAGGGCUGCACACACAAUGCAAUGGACUUGGCUGCCGGACAUGGCUUCCUCGAGGUCGUGAAGUUCCUACACGACAAGCGAACAGAGGGCUGCACGACCGAGGCUUUGGACAAGGCCGCGUCAAACGGACACCUCCCAAUCGUCGAGUUCCUGCAUCAACAUCGCACAGAGGGCGGCACCACGGAGGCCAUGUCCUAUGCUGUGAGCGCUGGACAUCUCUCUGUCGUCAAGUACCUUCAUCAACACUUCCCCAGCUUCAAGCUCCCACAAUAUGCGAUGGAUGGUGCCGCGAGGAAUGGCCUGCUGGACAUCAUCGAGUUUCUUCAUGUCAAUCGCACGGAAGGAUGUACGUACCAGGCGAUGGACUCUGCGGCAUCCGGUGGCCACCUCCCUGUCGUAGAGUACUUGCAUAACAAUCGUACUGAAGGCUGUUCAAAGAAAGCAAUGGACUGGGCAGCUUCUAAUGGCCACAUGGACAUGGUACUAUUCCUGCACAACAACAGGACUGAGGGUGCGACAAUUGACGCGAUGAACUUGGCUGCAUCUGCAGGUCGCUUGGACAUGGUUCGCUUUCUCCACGAGCAGCGCACUGAAGGCUGCGACUACAGCGCCAUGACAUGUGCGGCAGCGGCCGGAUACCUGGACGUCGUGCAGUUCCUUCAUGAGAACCGAACAGAAGGCUGCACAACUGACGCGAUGGACGGCGCCAUUCGAAUAGGCCGCAUGGACAUUGUACAAUACCUGCAUCAUAAUCGAACAGAAGGCUGUUCAGACAACGGAUUACUCUACGGCAUCUACAGAGACAACACAGAUCUGAUGCGAUUCCUCUUCAAGAACUAUUUACAUAUCAUCGAUGGUAAUUCUUCCAAAAAGAUGGUCCAGGUCUACUACAACCUAUUUGCCAUGGAGAACAACAGUGUUUCCGUCAUUGCCGCGCCGGCUGUCCCUGGAAUG